GCCCCUCCUUGGUCGAGGGACGGAAGUUUGUUUGACCAGGGAUCGAGCCCUCGGUUGGGAAAGCAGCUCCUAUCGUUUUCUGCACAGUGAGUUACCAUGUCUGGUUUUGAUGAUCCCGGCAUCUUCUACAGUGACAGCUUCGGUGGAGACCCAUCAGUAGAUGAGGGGCAAGUCCGAAAGUCCCAGCUGCAAAAACGUUUCAAAGAGUUCUUAAGACAGUAUCGGGUUGGAACAGACCGAACUGGCUUCACCUUCAAAUACAGAGAUGAGCUCAAACGCCAUUACAAUCUGGGAGAGUAUUGGAUUGAGGUGGAGAUGGAAGACCUGGCUAGCUUUGAUGAAGAUCUUGCAGACUACUUGUACAAACAGCCUGCUGAGCACCUCCAGCUGCUAGAGGAAGCGGCAAAGGAGGUAGCUGAUGAAGUAACACGUCCUCGUCCAAUGGGAGAGGAGGAUCUUCAAGAUAUUCAGGUCAUGUUGAGAUCAGAUGCCAAUCCUUCCAACAUCCGCAACCUCAAGUCUGAGCAGAUGUCUCAUCUUGUGAAGAUCCCGGGCAUCAUUAUUGCUGCAACUGCGGUGAGAGCCAAAGCAACCAGAAUCACCAUCCAGUGUCGCACUUGCCGAAACGUCAUCCCCAACAUUGCCUUGCGCCCUGGCCUGGAAGGCUAUGCUCUCCCUCGGAAGUGUAGCACGGAGCAGAAUGUCCUAGCAAAGUGCCCUUUGGACCCGUAUUUCAUCGUUCCAGACAAGUGCAAAUGUGUGGAUUUCCAGACCCUGAAGCUCCAGGAGUCACCGGAUGCUGUCCCUCAUGGGGAGAUGCCUCGGCACAUGCAGCUGUACUGCGACAGGUAUUUAUGUGACAAGGUUGUCCCUGGGAACAGAGUUACCAUCAUGGGCAUCUACUCCAUCAAGAAGGCUGGCCUUACUAAGAACAAAGGCAGGGACAAUGUUGGAGUGGGCAUCCGAAGCUCUUACAUCCGUGUGGUAGGAAUCCAAGUAGACACUGAAGGUUCAGGGCGCAGUUUCAGUGGCUCAGUGACUCCGCAGGAAGAAGAGGAAUUUCGACUUCUUGCUUCCAUGCCCAAUAUUUACGAGACGAUUGCCAAAAGUAUCGCUCCUUCCAUCUACGGCAGUAGUGAUAUCAAGAAGGCUAUUGCAUGCAUGCUCUUUGGAGGCUCCCGAAAGAGGCUUCCUGAUGGGUUGACCCGCAGAGGGGAUAUUAAUCUGCUCAUGAUGGGAGACCCUGGCACAGCCAAGUCCCAGCUCCUAAAGUUUGUAGAAAGAUGUUCGCCCAUUGGGGUGUACACUUCUGGGAAAGGCAGCAGUGCAGCUGGUCUGACAGCCUCAGUGAUCAGAGACCCAUCUUCACGGAGCUUCUUCAUGGAAGGAGGAGCCAUGGUGUUGGCCGAUGGGGGAGUGGUUUGCAUCGAUGAAUUCGACAAGAUGCGUGAGGAUGAUAGGGUGGCUAUCCAUGAAGCUAUGGAGCAACAGACCAUCUCCAUCGCCAAGGCUGGUAUCACGACCACCCUAAACUCUCGCUGCUCGGUGUUAGCAGCUGCCAACUCCGUCUUUGGGCGCUGGGAUGAAACUAAAGGCGAGGAGAACAUAGACUUCAUGCCCACCAUCUUGUCCCGAUUUGACAUGAUCUUCAUUGUCAAGGAUGAGCACAAUGAAGAAAGAGACAUGAUACUGGCCAAGCAUGUGAUGGCUCUGCACGUGAGUGCCCUGACGCAGACCCAGGCUGUGGAGGGCGAGAUUGAGCUGAACAAACUGAAGAAGUUGAUUGCUUACUGCCGCACGAAGUGUGGCCCUCGUCUUUCCGCAGAGGCUGCAGAGAAGCUGAAGAACCGCUACAUCCUCAUGCGCAGCGGGGCCCGCCAGCAUGAAAGGGAAAGCGACCACCGAUCCAACAUUCCCAUUACAGUCAGGCAGCUGGAGGCCGUCGUCCGAAUUGCAGAAUCCCUCAGCAAGAUGAAGCUGCAGCCUUUUGCGACUGAGGCAGACAUCGAGGAAGCCUUGCGCCUCUUCCAGGUGUCAACGCUUGACGCUGCCAUGUCAGGCAGCCUCUCAGGAGUGGAGGGUUUCACGACCCAGGAGGACCAGGAGAUGCUGUCUCGCAUCGAAAAACAGCUGAAGCGACGCUUUGCCAUCGGCUCCCAAGUAUCUGAACACAGCAUCAUCCAGGAUUUUGUGAAGCAAAAAUAUCCUGAGCAUGCCAUCUACAGGGUGCUGCAGCUUAUGAUGCGCCGUGGUGAGAUCCAACAUCGCAUGCAGCGCAAGGUCCUUUACCGCAUCAAGUAAAAAUACCCAGCUUCUCCUUGUGACCUCGAAGUCAGUUGGUUUUCCAUGCAGUCAGUGCUAAAGUUUUAGGAGUCUUCUCAAACUACGUGCUUCCCAUCCCUGAGUUCCACAAUAUAGUCCUUCAGAGCAAAGGAGAGGAAAGUGGGAUCCCUGCACCCUAAGUACGGAUGUUCCUCAAGGCAUGGAAGUCGGCAGACGGCAAAGGAUACAAAGAACUCUUGGUUUUAAAAUUUAUUUCAGCUUCUGCAUUCAAGUGUCACUUUGAUCUUUUGCUAUAAUAUUAAAAGCCUUUUAA